AUGACGCUACUCAUGCGCUCACUGACCUCGUAUCAAGUAAACAUUCUUUUGAUAAACUCCAUAAAACAAGCUCGAAUCCCCGUAUUUGCAUUCGCCAAUCCGCCACCCGCAUACGCAACCGUCUACGUUACUCGAAUCAGCAUACCAAAAAUGGCAAUUGGCCUAGGAACAACCCUGCAACAAACUCGGGCAGUGAAGAAGGCUUAUUUUUAUACGCAAAAGCUAAAAGAGGCAUUCUUUGAGGUAGAUCGCGGCAUAUCGCCCGAUUUGUAUUGA